AUGACCACGCAGCUGCUGGCCAACGAGCUGGCGAACCUCGUACACGAGAGCAAACGGAAGCAUAAUGACUUGAGACAGGCCGCUGAAAAGUCUCUUGAGGAGCUCAAGCAGCUUGGCAGUGUAUCUGAGCAAGAAGCCCCAGAAUUGCUCUCGCAGAGAUCCAACUUUGUCAACCCCUUCAUCAUAGCAUGUGGGACCAAAAACGCGAAAUUCACAGCCAUCGCCAUCGUAUGCCUCCAGCGGCUCAUCGUCGCCAAGGCCUUGCCCAAGUCCAAGCUCGAUCAGGCUCUGGAGGCGCUGAUGCAGGCGUCUUCUGCUGGACUAGAUGUUCAGCUCAAGAUUCUGCAGGCUCUUCCUUCUCUGCUGCAGAACUACUCUGCGGAGUUGAAUGGCAAUUUGCUAGUGACGGCGUUGAAUAUUUGCUUCAUUUUGCAAAGUAGCAGGAACGCCAUUGUGAAUCAUACCAGUGCUGCAACGCUGCAGCAGUUGGUUGUUUCGGUGUUUGACAAGGUUGUUUCAGAAGAUAAGAAUGGAUCAGAUGCCCCGGUUGUUGGCGAAGCGCCGUCUGCAGAUGCGCAGCUUCAACUUCGUGCAGCAGCUCUUGAUGCGUACAGAAUAUUCAACGAUCUAUGCCUCAUGACGGAGAACCAGAGACCAGAGUUCUUGAGAUUCUCGAGUCUACCGCAAACCUUUGGCCUGGAGCUGAUUGAGUCGGUUAUAACAAAUCACGCCUCUGUAUUCACCACACACGCUGAACAGGCACAGAUUCUUCGCGUGAGAGUAAUGCCUCUUAUUUUCAGUGCUCUCAAGGGCAAGCCUUCCUUUGCUACGACAGUCAGACUUGUCCGCAUCCUGUAUACACUGUUACGAAGACACAUCGACAUUUUGCCAAAUGAGUGCAGUGACGGUCUGGAAAUUCUCACGCACCUCCUGGACCAGGAUUCGGCAUUGUGGAAGAGGGCGCUCUGCAUGGAAGUGUUCAAAAGCCUGUUCGGCGACUUUGCCUUGGUCCGAAAGAUAUUCUCCCUAUACGACAACAACAGGGAAGAGAGGGGCAUCAUCAAGACAAUGGCAGCUACUUUCGUCAGGCUAAGCACAGAAAAGCCUGCAGUUAUUGGACUUGGCCAUCAGUCCACAAUGCCAAUUUCCGAUCCGUCGGUCAAUCUUUCUCAAUCCACAGAUCAGGCGAUGCUUGAAGCCGGCAUGAGUGGCAUAAUUAGCAGCUCCAUCAACUCUGAAGCUUCAAAGACUGGCAUCAGCACUCAAUGGAGCUCUGUCAGAGUGCCUUGCAUUGACCAGCUUGACAAGACCGACCCACCAUCGAUCCCCGAAUCCUAUGUCUACAGUCUGAUUCUGUCGUGUCUCUCAUCGUUGUCGGACGGUAUGGCCAAGUUCAUCCUACCCCUUACGGUCCCUAGCGAGGGCCGCACGCGUCGCAAGGCCUCAAAGCACGAUUCUGGUCGAGACUCUCCUGCUCCUUCCGAUUCGCUGAAAAAGAAACCCGGCUUGGAAAGAACGGCAUCUUUUAAAAAGAAUCCGGUUCCCGUCAAUCCGCUCCGCUUUGAAGACCACCCCAUGUAUUCAGACGUCAAAAUUUGCGCUGCCAUCGUUGAUGAGUGCUGGCCCGCCAUUCUUGCGACGUUUUCUACAUUCUUGUAUGCUUCCCUGGAUUCUGAAUAUUAUCAUGGCCUGGUGCGAUCGUUUCAGAGAUUUGCUCAUGUAUCUGGCUUGCUGCAGCUUGCUACUCCCAGAGAUGCUUUCUUGUCAACACUGGGCAAGUCUGCUGUGCCUCCUAAUCUGCUCACUGCUUGUAUGAACUACGGGCAGGCCAAAUCUGCUACGCCCAGCACCCCCUCUGACACGGCAAACACAAUUCUCAGUAAUGCCCGUGGUCUCUUGAGUGUCGAGACAUUGACACCAGUCUCCCCUGCGACAGACAGGCAACGGAAUACCUCAUUUGAUGCUGGCGCUGCGUCGUUGAACACCCGAAAUUUACUCUGUUUGCGAGCCCUUCUCAACCUCGGGAUUGCACUUGGCCCGACCUUGGGCUCGGCAUGGGGCAUCAUCUUCGAGACCUUGCAACAGGCAGAUUUCGUGUUGUUCGCCAGUGGCAAGGCACCUGGUCGAACCCCGUCCGUUGGGCGCGGGGUCGAGCAAGGCGGGGACUCCGACUCAUUGAUGGCCAACUUCAAUAACGAGAUAAGGUCUGUCGAAACUGCGGCGUCGAGGUUGAUCGAAAGCACUGUUGACUUUCCCAACGCGUCUUUCGUCGAAGUCGUUCAGGCAGUGUGUAAUCUCCUCGAGCAGAGCUCUCCGGAGAAACCGGAAUCGGGUGACCCAACUUCCCCGUCGCCCAUGGAGUUGUCGCAUAAGCAGCUCGGCCAUGGCCACCGUCGCGUGUUGAGCUUCUCCAGUACCCUGUCCACAUCGUCAAAUCAAGAGUUUUUAUUUGCGUUGGCCAAACUUGGUGAAAUUGCAAGUGUGAACUUGGAAAGACUUCUGAUGAAUAACCCGGCGGCGUCAGGUUGGAAUAUUUUGAUGAACGAGGUCAUCCAUGCCCUAGAUUCUCCGGUCUUUGGGACCCCUGUCAGAGUCAAAGCUGCAGAGACGCUUUCCCGCUUUAUUCUUGAAGCGGCCACGGCAACGACGUCGAUUCCGGAAGACAGCAGAGGACCGGUGCAGUUCAGGCUACUCUCAUCGUUGCGGGAUGCACUGGCCGCCCUGAACCAAAACGCCCGCGCUGCAUCGGUCGCUAGUGUGGCGACAGACAUUGACGUUCAUAAAAUCAUCCUUGAAGGUUUAAAGAGUUUAAUCGAAGGCUGCGGCGAAAGCCUGGUGAGUGGUUGGGAUAUUGCGUUUGACAUCAUUGGCAGCGGAUUCGUGGCCUCCAACGCUAUCCAGGAGCGUAAACGAGGCUCAGAGGCCGGAUUGCUCUCCACACGAUCACCCAAGCUGACUCGAUCAGCAUUCGGUUCAUUGCAGCUUAUUUGCUCCGACUUCUUGUCGACUCUUCCCAAAUCUUGCUUCUCCAUCCUGGUACAUACGCUGUACAAGUUUUGCUCCCAAGACGACGAUCUGAACAUUGCGCUAACGACGGUCACCUUCUUCUGGGUUUUGUCCGAUUUUCUUUCUGCCAAGGCAAAUACUCUGGAGAUCAGAGCCGAUCUACUGAAUGGGUCCGACGAGUUCGAGCUGGAAAAGAAGGCAGCAGAUCACACACAAAAGGGCUCGGAUGCUGCCUUGUGGAUGCUGAUGCUUCUCAGAUUAGCCACAGUCACCUCGGAUGAGCGUCUUGACUUGCGAAACUCGGCCAUUCAAACAUUGUUGGGAAUUUUUGAUGCAAAUGGCGGCCGCCUAAACGCCGAAGCUUGGUCAGUAUGCAUCAAGUCGGUCAUUUUCAAGCUUCUGUAUUCUCUGGAGGAGGAGCUUGACGUCGCUCCUGACGAUGACAUGAAUGAAAGAGACAAGAUGGACUGGCACGACACUGCUGUCGUUGUUCUUGAUGGCAUCUCCGGCCUUCUCGCCAAUCACAUCGACGUUCUAACCGCCCAUUCGUCGUUCAAUCAGCUUUGGCGGGAACUGCUUGGACAUUUUGCAACUUUGCUUGAUUUCAAGGUUCUUGAGAUCAAUACUGCUACCUUCAAGGCACUGAGUCAUGUGCUCUCACAAACUGGAGACAACAAAAAACCAAUUUUCAACAAGACGACAGUUGAAUUCGCGUGGGACUUGUGGUCGAGGGGCAUCCCUACCUCAAAUGCAGUUGGCGACAAGGCAGACGACAAUCAGGGCUGCUUGGCUGCAUAUGUUGCGGCACUACGAGAUGUCUACAGACUAAUUCAAGAAGAUGUGACUGUUGACAAUGUGAGGCGCAUGCUUACCUUGCUGCGUCAGACCGUGGAAGAGGCCUCGGUUGGUACGCAUGUUUCCGACAUUGAGCAUGCUACAAGUCUGCAAACUCAAACACUUGCGGCUGUGCAAAUGAUUCGCACUGAUGUAGACGGAGUACCAUCAGCCAUGAUCAAAGAGGUGUCGGAGUUUGCCACAUUGGCGUACAAGCGAGAACUCGGCGCCUCUGGCUCGAGGCGCACAUAUGUCGCCAUGUCCAAGGCCAGUAUGAAGUUUGUCGAGACUCUCAUAUCGAAACACGCGUCGGACAAGGACAUUUACAGCAGUGGAGCGUUUUCGUACGCGCUAUCAGCUCUUCUCAAGCCAAUCGCUUUGAAAUACGACUUGCCCGUCUCUACGAAAUCAGUACAGCCCUGGAGACUGGCAACCUCGUCGGUGCUGUGUAUACUGAAGGCUACACUGCCAAAGCUCAAGACCCUAGAAGUUCCUGGCGACGUGAUUCCGGAAAUCUGGGUCGCUGUCGUCGCCGUGGCAGAUGGUAUUCUCAGCGCGGAGUGCGGCAAGGCUGCCGACAGAUCAUCUUUUUUCGACGACGAAACAUUCGACAUUUCGUCGUUCCACAGCCUCCGAGCCCUGAUUGUUCCGUCUCUUGGGUCCGAAAAUGUACCAGAUGAAGCCAGAAAGCGGUAUGCCGAGAGUCUCUUUAAAAACUCCAUUAUUCACGAUUUUGCGCAUACAGAACACGAGUUUCCAGGCCAAGAGGACGAAGACGGCCUACGCUCCCUCUACGCACCGAAGCCAGGUCGUACGGUGGCAAUUCCGCCCACGCAACGAAAGAGGAUGGCGUACGUCGCAUUCGACGAGCUAUUCUCGUUGGUAUCUGCCCGAGACCCGGCAGAGUCAACCACUCUCGAAGCCACGGAACAAGAGUCGACGAAAAGUAAACAAGCUGAGCCAGGGGAACUCGUAUCCGCACUCCGCAACCGCAUCGCCCGAGUAGCAGCACCGUUUCUCAUUCUCCGCUGCGCACUAACCAUUGGCGCCUAUGUAGCUGACCAGCCACUGCGUGGCCAGAUGCCACAACCGCUCAGUCAGCGCAAGGAGCUAAUUUGGGUGCUGACGAAGCUCGUAGAGCUGGAAAGCCGCGGCGAGGCCAUUCCGUCUUCGGGGAAGGCUGAAGGCGAAGGGAGGAAGCAUCUUUUACGGCUCUAUCCCUUGUUGGUGAGAGCACUGGGAGUAGGAGGGGAUGGUGCCGUAUUGCGAUUGCUAGGGGAGGCGUUGGAGGCUGUGGGUAAGGAGUUGGGGAUGAUUUAG